AAAGAGGAGCGCGAUUUAAAGGUGCUGCCGGCGCCGGACGAAGACAAGUGCGCCAGCAUCGCGCGCUCCCCAGGGGCCCGCGGGAGGCGACCGACUGCGGGACGGACAGACAGACGCACCGACGGCUGCGAACCGGGGCCGCGGACGCGACACGCACGGGCUCCGACGGGCAAGCUGCGGACAGCGGCUCCAGCGAGCCCGCGGGGCCCGGGAGCCCUCGCCACUCCGGGGCGCACGGCCUCAACCGGCGCAUCGCCUGCACCCGCACCCGCCGGGCAUGCAGCGGGCCCAGGGCUGAGGGGCAGCGGCGUCUGCUCUCGGGAUCCGGCUCGGCCCCUGCCCGGCGCACCCAGCUGUGCUCACGGUACCCGGCGGGCUUCCUGGCGGCGGCGCGGGGACUUUUCGCCUCUCGCUGUCCUCUCCCGAGCGCGUCUAUGAGCGCAGCGUUCCCGCCGUCGCUGAUGAUGAUGCAGCGCCCGCUGGGGAGUAGUACCGCCUUCAGCAUAGACUCGCUGAUCGGCAGCCCGCCGCAGCCCAGCCCCGGCCAUUUCGUCUACACCGGCUACCCCAUGUUCAUGCCCUACAGGCCGGUGGUACUGCCGCCGCCGCCGCCGCCGCCGCCCGCGCUGCCCCAGGCCGCGCUGCAGCCCGCGCUGCCGCCCGCGCACCCUCACCACCAGAUCCCCAGCCUGCCCACCGGCUUCUGCUCCAGCUUGGCGCAGGGCAUGGCGCUCACCUCCACGCUCAUGGCCACGCUGCCCGGCGGCUUCUCGGCGUCUCCCCAGCACCAGGAGGCGGCGGCCGCCCGCAAGUUCGCGCCGCAGCCUCUGCCAGGCGGCGGCAACUUCGACAAGGCGGAGGCGCUGCAAGCCGACGCUGAGGACGGCAAAAGCUUCCUGGCCAAGGAGGGCUCGCUGCUUGCCUUUUCCGCGGCGGAGGCGGUGCAGGCGUCGCUAGUCGGGGCUGUCAGAGGGCAAGGGAAAGACGAGUCAAAGGUGGAAGACGACCCGAAGGGCAAGGAGGAGAGCUUCUCACUGGAGAGCGAUCUGGACUACAGCUCGGAUGACAAUCUGCCUGGCCAGGCGGCUCACAAGGAGGAAGACCCCGGCCACGCGCUGGAGGAGACCCCGCCGAGCGGCGGCGCGGCGGGCAGCACCACCUCCACCGGCAAGAACCGGCGGCGGCGGACUGCCUUCACCAGCGAGCAGCUGCUGGAACUGGAGAAGGAGUUCCACUGCAAAAAGUACCUCUCCCUGACCGAGCGCUCACAGAUUGCCCACGCCCUCAAACUCAGCGAGGUGCAGGUGAAAAUCUGGUUCCAGAACCGCAGGGCCAAGUGGAAACGGGUGAAGGCCGGCAAUGCCAAUUCCAAGACAGGGGAGCCCUCCCGGAACCCCAAGAUUGUCGUCCCCAUCCCCGUCCAUGUCAGCAGGUUCGCUAUUAGAAGUCAGCAUCAGCAGCUGGAGCAGGCCCGACCCUGAGGGUCCAGGGAGGGCCAGGGCCUGGACCACCAGGGAGAGAGCACAGGCCGGAACCCACUACAGACUGAGCCACGUCUGAAGCAAAACUCACAAGUCACCCUCCAGCGUUGGACGUCCCAAGCAAACCGAGAGUAUAUUCAUUAAAAAGGCUUACAAGACUGCUUUGGGAGGGGCUACGUUACAGCUAAAGACACACUAAAUAUUUAUUGUACUGUCCUACUUUGUAUAUAGAUAUCUAUAUAAACUGGAUCUCAGCUGCAGUAUUUUGAAAGUUAUAGGACCAAACUACCCAGUAAUACUCUCCAUUCACAUUCCAGAAGAAAACAAGUCCUCCGCUGUAAUCCGCCAUGCAUAGCAGCCACCUUUCCAUACUUUUCCAAAGGUAAACAUGACACGCAAGAACAAACACUGGGGUUUACACUUUUUAUUUCUAUUUUGGCUUUUUUAGUUGACCAAAAAGCAGACAUUUUGGGGCACCCUGGAAAUUUGCUUUGCUUUAGUUUUGCCUGGCUUUUUCUUCUUGGGGUUGCAUAUCUGCUCUGAGCCAUGUUUGAAGCACGCCUCUGUUGUGUUUAAUUUAUUUCAAUGUAGCUUAUUUUCUUAUAAGUUAUGACAUUUAAACAAUCUCAGUCUUGUGAAUAAU